AUGGGGUACGCGGGAUACGCUCCCGGACACUCCGUCCAAGAACUCACCGAGAAACAAAAAGCGUUACGUCAGGUGGAAUCCGUGGAGUGCUUGGAAAUGAUUGAAAAGUUGUUCAAAAACUGCGCACAAAAUCCAUCGGAGAAGAAAUAUCGAAAAGUAAAGUUUGAAACCAACGCGAAAAUCAAAGCCGCGUUCGAGAGCGGGAAAUCGACGACGAGUAAUGAGAGUGCGGUGCAAUGUUUUUUAACCCACGGGUGGGUGCUCGAAGAAGGAGAGACGAAUGAGAGAGUGUUGAAACUCCCCGAAGCGGUUCAACAAACUUUUCAGGACGUGAGAGAGGUGACGGAAAGAAAAGAAACGUUGCAGAAAGAGUUGCAAGCGGCGUUUCGGCGAAGGGUUGCCGCGCGGUCGAAAGCAGCGGGAGCGUCGAGCGGCGGCUGUUGCUCGGCGAAAGAAGCUCUGUUGAAACAGUUGGAAGCGGAUAAAUUAGAACGCGCGGCAAAAGGACCGGUGACCACGGGGAGUAAAAGAGUGGACGGCGCCUUGGGCAACGGCGGCUUUUCGACGCCGCAAGACGCCGGGUGUUGCGGUUCCGCGUGA